AUGGAUAGCAAAAGCCUAAAGAAUCUUAAACCUGGUCGUCUUCUAGGCUCCCUAGUGCCUAUUUUGAUUCGAAAUAAGUAUCGCGUCGAUCGUAAAAUUGGCGAAGGCGGAUUCGAACUAGCAAGACUCACAUCGGCAGGUGUCGAUAUCGCUUCUGAUGAAGAAGUUGCAAUUAAAUUGAUGGAAAAUAGGGAUGGUUCAACUGUAUUGAAAGACGAAGCAGAAAUGUACAAGCAGCUACAAGGAAAAACAGGAUUCCCGAGGGUCUACUGGUCUGGAUCAGACGUGUGCUACGACGUCCUAGUCUUUGAGCUUCUGGGGCCAUCCUUGGCGGAUCUUUUCGAGUACUGUGAGCAGAAGUUCACGUUAAAGACCCUCCUGCUGAUUUCCGAGCAGGCAAUCACAAUGAUCGAAUGCACUCACAUGCACUAUCUUCAUCGUGAUAUCAAGCCCGAGAACUUCCUAAUUUCAACAGGACAGCAGGGCAAUAUCAUCUAUGCUAUCGACUUUGGUCUAGCUAGAGAAUUCUCCGAGGAGGAGGAAUCUAAGGGAUACCAAGGACUUGCAUUUGAAGGAACUCAUCGUUACGCAAGCAUUAACUGCCAUGAUGGACUUGAGCCAUCUUGGCGAGACGAGCUGGAGUCUCUGGGCUACGUGCUCUUGUACUUUGCUCGCGGUUAUCUGCCGUGGCAGGGGCUCAAGUCAGGUACUAGAGGCGAGAAGAACAUGCUCAUCAGAGAUAAAAAGGCUAGCCUGUCAGGGGUAGAACUCUGUGAGGGCUUCCUUCCUAAGGAGUUUGCCGAGUUUAUCGACUAUACAAGGUCUCUCAAGUUUGGCGAAAGACCUAAUUACGGACAUCUGCGCAAAAAGUUUCCGCUUUCGAGCAGAGGGGUUCCAAUAUGA